AUGGUAGUGUGUGCUGUCCUGGCCGUCGCGGCUGCCCAGUACGCCCAGCCCUACAGCGGCCCGGCCUACUCGGUACAACCGGACGUCCGCACAUACUGGACCAACCUGGCCGCCCCCUAUACCAGAUACGCUGCUGCCCUCUAUAACGGCUUCGCUGCCAACUCGGCCGGCCGUUACGUGGACCUCAAUGGUGUGAAACAGACGGUCGACUACGUUGUGGACGAGUCCGGCUACCGCGUGUCUGGCACCAACCUGCCGGCGGCUGCCGUCACCGACGUGAAGACGCUCGCUAAGACUAAGAGCGGCUGCCGCAAGAAACGCAGCGCCCUGCUGAUCAGCGAUACCCCUAACGUGGCCGCCGCCAAGGCUGAGCACGCCCGCCUGUACAACGAAGCUGCUCUCCGUGUCUACCCUCAGACGCGGUCUCCCCUCGACCUCUAG